AUCCAGCUUCCCUUACCCACCGCCUCCUCCUCCUCCUUCUCCUAUCAGCCUGCCAUCGAUCCCCCCUCCCAUCCCUCGCCUCAUCCAAGCACUCCCCGCCUCCAUUGUGAUUGUUCGAGAAUUGCAACACCUGCUUGACCUGCCUCCUUCUUGUAAUUGCUCCUGAUCCAUUCUCCGAGAGAUCGACGUCUGCUACCAGUCUCAAGAGAUCGAACGAUGCCGGCAAGCCGAGCGAAUACAGCGAAUGAGCACAAAGCCUCUGGCAUGGGAGCUAAGAUUGUAAUAGAAAAGAAGAGCCGACAGUCAAAAAGGAAGCUAUCACCACGUGCAUCGUGCCAUGUAUCCGAUGACGAGCAUCACGAAUGUAUCCCAGCGCACGCACUAGAAAGCUCCAAAUCGUCGGAACCAAGUCAAAGGGCCCCUGAAUGCCUUCCAGACGGAUGUGCUAUCGGGAUCCCAAUCUACAAAGGACAACCAGUAAUGCAAGUGUCUAUCGAUCAAAGGUGCAUGGAGGUUGCCAUGAUGCGGAGUGUACAGAACAACAACUUCAAUUUCGUGACACAUAUGAUCCUGUCGGGCUGGAAACCGAACCUCGAAAAUCCCUCCCUGUGCCAUUUCUCGGUUACAGUUCAUCGCUCUUCAUGGAAUCAUCGGGAUCACCUCAGAAUCAAGAACGCCUGCCUGCUUCACUAUGCAGUUUGCUGCGGAUCUCUGCAAGCAGCGGCAGUUCUCUUGAUUGCUUUCCCGAAGCUGGCUUCACUCUCUUGCAUGGUGUCGGCUGAAAAUGAGAAUGAAACGGACGAGGAGUGGAGCAUGUUGCGCCUUACUGAUUUCUUCAGAAAUCUGUACAAGGAUCAAAAGAACGAUCUGUACAACAACUAUAACGCAGCCCACAUGGUCCUCCAGAGUUUGCAGAACAACCAGAACGCCUUUCCAUUUCUACAGCUGCAGACCAUGAAAGAGAGGUUUCAGGCCGCGGGAUCUGAACCAGUCGCAAUGGCCAACAUGCUCUUUGAAGCUGCUUCUCAGAUCCAGAACACCCCUCCUACCCGCUCGUCUUAG